UACUCAGUCAUGGUAUUUACCUAGUCGCAUGGAACUGGCAAAUUCCCAAUCGGAAUGCAUGGCCCAUAAAUAUCGAUCCAAGGGGCAUCUGCAUUCAUUUAAAGUUAACAAAUUAUUAAUGUGUCCACAGAUACAACUAGAAAGCAAUGAAUUUACCUGGUCAGAAUCGCAUUUACAAAUUUCAAUACCAGCAAUUAGACGAAGCUUUUUCAUUAAUGAGUUCACGAGAAGCCAAAACAGUACCGUCCGAAUUUGUUCAGAUUCAUUCAAGGAUGUCUCUGAAUCAUCUGCAUUGACGGAAACAAUUUUAAACGUGACAACAUUUAUUUGCACCAUUAUUUCACUUGUUUGUUUGUUUCUAACCUUUUUGAUAUAUUGCAUUUUACCGGUUUUACGAACUCUUCCAGGCAAAAACAUUAUGUGUUUCUCGUUCUCUCUUUUCUUUGCCCAGUUGACGGUUUUGAUUCGCUCUCACAUUAAAGAUAGAAUUGUAUGCGCGUUUCUUGGUGGUCUCACUCAUUAUUUUUGGGUAUCUGUGUUUAUCUGUACAAAUAUCUGUUGUUUUCAAAUGUUUAAAUUGUUUGUUAGUUAUUCAUUGGUCCAAAAUGAUAAAUCUAAAGAAAGGAAUGCAGUUAUUCGGUACUGUUCUAUUUCCUAUGGUCUACCAAUACUACCAAUAGUCCUUAAUAAAAUCCUUGAGCAUUUUCUAACAAACGGUGAUGAAUUCGGAUAUGGAGGAAGCAGGUGCUUUCUCUUAAGUCCUUUAGCUUUACUUCUGACAUUUAUCAUUCCCACCACUAUUCAAAUCAUAUUUAAUAUUGUCAUGUUUUCCGUAACUUUCCACUACAUACGCAAUACCCCCAAAGUGCAAAGUUCUCAGCACAGGAACGAAUUUUCUAUUUUCUUAAAACUGUUUUUGUUGACUGGAAUAUCCUGGAUUUUAAUGAUUGUGGACGGAUUUUUCGAAAUAUCUCCAUUUACAUUCCUGGCCACAGUCGUGAAUGGAUCCCAAGGUUUAUUUCUAUUUAUAUCAUACAUUUGCAACAAGAAAGUUCGAUGUGCGCUGAAGAAGAAAUUGUUUAAGUCUCCACUGAAAGAAGCCUCAAGUAGCAUGUCGACGUUUUUACACCCAGACUGUAAGAAAAGUUCUGUAUACUCUAAUAUCACUGACACGACGGAAACGCUCCAGUCCACGAAGAUGUAGGAUUUUUUUUAUGUACAGGCCGCGCAAGAGCGCAGUCUGUUCCGAUAGGUGUUUUCAAACUGUACAUGUGAUUCUGCAGAAUUGAUAUGAUUGAUGUGAAUGUUGUGGUUUUUUUUUUAAAUAUCUCCAAAAUUGAUGUAAUACAUACUUAUUGUUAAUGUUAGCCUUUGAAUUGUAUAAUCUCUAGAAAUUGUAAUAAAUUGUAAUAAAUAUUACAGUUGUCAAUUUGUACUGUGUUUGUUUCGGGUUCAAUUUAUUCAAGUGUAAAUCGUCUGGAAUUCCAGCAUUUACACAUUUUAGAGAAUCAAAACAAAAAGGCUUGCGAAGAGAAGUGGAUGUAGGCGAUGCCUUUCCACUUCUUUAAAGAGUUCGGGCGAGUGCAAAAGGAAUUUUAAAUUGCUAAUGAUUGAU